AUGUUAAGGCGUCUCUUUACUUUCGUGCCGAUCUUGUUCCUCGCAGGUUCGGCCUUGCUAACCUUCUUAAUUAUCCUCUCAGGUGCCACCCACGGCUCCUUCUUGACUAAGCUUUACUGGAUCCAAGCCGAUACCUCCAGCAUCACCAGCACCACCAGCGCCGACUUUGCCACCUCCAGAUGGACCAGCAACGGUAUCUGCAACGUCGACGGCGGCAGCGUCAUCGGAUGCAUCAAGAAGCCUGCGUACCCAUUCUCGCCGGAGGACAACUUCGGUGACUCCGAUACCUUACCAUCGGGCUUUGUCACGUCGCGCAAAACCUACUACUACUUGACCAGAUUCGCCUACGCUUUCUGGAUUGUGGGCCUCUUCUUCACCCUUGUGGCGUUGUUGGGCUCCUUUGGUUUGUUGUGCGGUACCGGCCGCAUCAUUGGCUUCUUGAGUGUCUUUUCCGUCUUUAUUGCGUUCAUUUUCAUCGCCGGCGCUUCCAGUUUCCAGACCUCCGCUGUGGUUUUGGGCCACAAGCAAUUCAAGGACGCUAGCAUGAGCCCUAAGUAUGGUGUCAAAUUGUUGGCCUUUGCCUGGACCUCCACCUUCUUGUUGAUUGUUUCCCUGUUCAGUUUGUGCUGCGCUUCCUGUUUCGGUGGUCGUUCUAGCCGCUCCAAGGGAGCCUACGGUGCCGACCACGAAAAAUUAUACAGAGACUCGAGAUUCCCGGACUCUGACGAUGAGGCUGCUCACCCGUACGCCGACCAGACUGGCGUUGUGGAGGCCGAGCCGGCCACCGAAAACAACUCCAAGGGCAUUAAAUUCUUCAAGGUGAGAAACGCCAAGACCAACUCCCAAACGGUAAACGCUCUCUAA